AUGCCUUCUACACCGACCAAAGAGUCUAAAAAAUUUUCAUUAGCUCAACCCUCUUCUAAAUCUCUCCCUUCACUUUUGGAGCUCCAAUCACCCCAUUCAACCUCUUCUCAACAACUUUCUGGCAAUAAUAAUGAAAAGAAAAAAGAUCGCAAAUCUUCCCUUCGUAGUCAUACAACACCCACCAUAGAAGUUAAAGAAACAAAUACCAUGUGUAAAGACUAUGAUCCUACGACUGGUAAUAAGAUGAUUAACAAAUAUAUGUUAAUUAAAGAAUUGGGCAGGGGUGUACACGGAAAAGUCAAAUUAGGAAAAGACAUGGAGUUGGGAGAGUGGGUUGCCAUCAAAAUUGUUGAUAGAGUAACACGUCGCCGUUUGAGCACACGGAGCAAUGAUCUCACUAAUGAGCAAAAAAUUAGAAAAGAAAUUGCAAUACUAAAAAAAUGUGUCCACCCACAUGUUGUUAGGUUGAAAGGAGUUAUUGAUGAUCCAAUGAGUAGGAAAAUUUAUAUGGUCAUUGAGUAUAUGGAAGGUGGUGAAAUACAAUGGAAAGAUGAAAACGACCGUCCUGUUAUGAGUGUUGAUGAAGCAAGACGGAUAUUUAGAGAUGUAGUGUUGGGUUUGGAAUAUCUUCAUCAUCAAGGCAUUAUACAUCGAGAUAUAAAACCCGCCAACUUAUUACUUACUGCCGAUAACAUUGUAAAAAUUUCGGAUUUUGGCGUAUCACAUUUCAGUCAACGUGCUGCCGCAGUCGAGUUACAAGGAAAUAAUAAUUCUGCACCUACUCAAGAAGAUAUGGACUUAAUUAAAACCGCCGGAAGUCCCGCGUUUUUUGCUCCAGAGCUAUGUUUUCCCGAUUUGUCACGGGAGAUAAUUUCCAAUUCGAUAGUAACUGGUAAUUCUGGUAAUUCUUCUGAAUCGCUUUCGAAAUCCCAUUCAACUACCAAUUCUAUAUCAGUACGAGGACAACGACCUCCUAUCACCAAAGCUAUCGAUGUCUGGGCCCUUGGUGUUACACUAUAUUGCUUCAUUUUCGGAAGAUGUCCUUUCAUAGCAGAUACGGAAUUUGAAUUAUUUUUUCAUGUUAUACCUAGGCAACCAUUGGAAUUUCCAGAAGAUACCCCUAUUUCAGACAGUUUAAAAGAUUUGCUUACAAGGCUAUUGGAAAAAGAUCCACAAAAAAGGAUCACUUUAGGGGAUGUCAAAAAACAUCCAUGGGUAAUCGCUGAUCUUCCAAAUCCACAGAAAUGGCGAGAUGAUACCGAUCCAAAGAAGUAUCAAGCGCUUACGGUUACGGACGAAGAAGAUCGGUUAAAAAAGAAAAUUCGUAAAAUUUCAUUGUCAUUAGUAGGAAUGUUACGAUCCGGUAAAGACCAUGAUUUAAAUCAGUCUUUUGAAUCAGUUCAAGUGGUUCCCAGUCCAUAA